AAAAAAAAAAAAAAAGAAAAACGGAAACAGCACAACUUCACCCGGCUGCCCCCCAAGGCCCGGCCUUGGAUGAAAAUGGGAAAUCCCAGUUUGGUAUAGUGGACAGUGUAAAUACUUGCAUUCAGGCCCGUGGAUGAGUCAUGUGCUUUUGCUAAGUGGCUGACCUCCCAUUUACUCAGGACCACAGCAUUGUUUUUUGAAAUGUUAUUUUUAUUUUUCACUCCGUGUUUUCUGCAACCUGGUGAGGUGUAUGGUCUUGGUCUUUGGGUUGAAUUUGGUGUGUGUGUUUUGGAUGCAAGAAGUGACCUCUUGGAGUCUGUGCUUUCUGAGAAUUGAAGUGUCUUUGCUUCCCUUUGGGAGGGCUCUACCUUUCCGUGUUUACAAAAACCAAGUCUGUGUGCCUGUAAGCCAGUGGCUCUUUGGUGGUGUAAUAAUGGUUGGGAGAUUUUUAUGAAUGGGGCUGUCAAGUUCCCUAAGUUGUUAGUCCUUAGAGUUUGUAGUCUGUUAGUGGUAAAGCUAUACUCAACAGGAUUUAUGAAUGUUUUCAGUCCCAAGUGGGUUUUGGGUGGUGGUACAAUCUGUUUUAUGAUCUCGCCAGCAACUUAAUAAAGCAUUCCUCCUCUCAGUUUAAUUUGGGUGGGGAUUAUCUUUCCUUCAAGGUAUUACAGAUAACCAAGCUCUUCUCCCCCAAAACUUCAACCUGAGGAAGAUAAACCUCUCAGAUGGUUCCCAUUGACUAAGUCCAGAAGGAAAAGCGUGAUCUGAAACAAAAUGCAUUGCUCCCCUGUUAUCCACCAUACCCCUUUCCUUGGUAGGAAACGUAGUAUCCAAGAGGUCAAGCUGUGGAGAAAAGCACUUAAGUUCAUUUUAGUUGGUUUUAACUGAAAGGAGAUGAUUGCACCUCUGUGUAUCUAGCUAGAAUUCAGCACAGCCAAUUUGCUGAAGAGGAGGAGCUCUGCCUACAGAUGAACGUUCGAACUUGAAAGGGGCUACAUAUUAAGGACAGGUUGGCUGUUCUGGGGUGCUAGUAUGGCUAGCUUCUCUAGCUUGGAUGGGGAUAAGGAGAAAAGAAAAACUGCCGAAGAAUUGCAAGAGAAUUGGCGGCUGCUUUGUAAAAUUUCCACUGAAUUAUUGAAUUGUUCAAAGGAAUUUAGACUUUGUUUCCAAAAGUUACUCUUUUGAGCCAGUUGUUGUGAUCUUUGUACUAAAUUGCACUUUUGUUUUUGAAGGUUGGGGGGGAUGCAAUAUUUUUCUGUUACACAAUUCAGGUUAUUGAAUGACUUGAGAUUUACAGACCUAGAAGAUUGGAGUCCUUGUUCUUAAUUUAAAGUAAAAACCGUUUGGUACAUCAAUGAUUUGUAGACUCUGGGCUGUUAAAUCCUUUGACAACCUGCUGUCAUGUGUCAAUUGUAAAGUGUUUCAAUUUCCGAUUUUGAAUGAACUUACAAAGUAGAUGUUUGUCUUUAUGUUGCUGGCAAAUGUAUAAGAAGGAAAGAAAAGCUUGACAUUGGAAAGUGCUACUAAUAUUUCAUACAUCUUUGUGAGUUUUGCUGUUUCGCAAAGACUGCGCGUUUGCAAGGUGAGAAUUGUGGGGAUUCUUUGCAGAUGCUGACAGUUCGUUUAUGAUUCAUUAGACAUGAGUUUGUAAAAAUAAAAUUUUAAGUUAUUUUAAUUUUUUACUGGAAUGUGAGUUCCAUGCGGGCAGGGUUUUGUUUGCUUGGUUUUACCUAUUUUAAGUCCCUGUUGUAUCCUCAGCGCCUAGAAGAGGACCUAAAAUAAAAUAUUCUUAGAGUGAACAAACUGGAAAGAUAAGUGAGCAAGAAUUUGGCAUGUCCAGGGGCUCCUCAGUAGCUCACUCAAUUAAGUGUCUGACUUCGGCUCAGGUCAUGAUCUCACGGUUUGUGGGUUCGAGCCCUCCGUCAGGCUAUGUGAUGACAUCUCAGGGCCUGGAGCCUGCUUGGGAUUCUGUGUCUUCCUCUCUCUCUGCCCCUCCCCUGCUUGCAUUCUGUCUCGCUCACUCUGUUUUUCUCAAAAAUAAACUUUUUUAAAAAAAUUUAAAAAAAAAAGAAUUUGGCAUGUCCUUAAUACCAAAUGCAAGUAAUUCCUCUUAAUAUCGUUAGGAGGGGAUAUAGUUGGUCAGUAGUGAUUUGCAAAGAAUGUGAAUUUUAACUGUGAUGUUAAGGUCCAGAAAUUGCAGUAAACUUGCUUAUGGUCCAAGCAGUGUGGCAUGCAGUUGCUUCUGUGCACUGUCUACUGUACAUUUCCCACUUAGUUUGAAAUGUGGUGAGUGGGUUUGGGCUGUGGUUCAGCAUUGGCCUGGGAAAAGUAUUUUUAAGAGGGAGAUGAAGUGGGUAAUAAACAUGUAUGGGCAGCAUUUCUUAAUGUGAAUCUCAUGUUUUUAAUAAAAACUUGAUUUGCGUGUGUGUUGUUAAACAUUGAGUCUUUUUUUGUUGUUUUUGUUUUGUUUUUGUAAUAUUCGGGCUUCAUGUGUAUAUAAUCGCCCAAUCAGUUUCAAGUGAUUAGUUCCUGAGCUCAUACUAUAUUCACGGGGAGACAAAAAGUGAGUUUUCUUUGGUAGGUUCAUUUUUUAUUGAUAUAUUCAUUCCCCAACAUUUUAUUGAGUAUAAAUUGUAUAUAACUUGAGCAUUACACUAUUAUUGUAAAAUCCCACCAAUCUCUCUCUUUUUUUUUUUUAAGUUUAUUUAUUUAUUUUGAAAGAGAGAGAACACGAACGGAAGAGGGGCAGAGAGAGAGAGAAUCCCAGCAGGCUCUGUGCUGUCGGCACAGAGCCCAACGCAGAGCUGGAACUCACAAACUGUGAGAUCAUGACCUGAGCCGAAAUCAAGAGUUGGAUGCUUAACCUACUAAGCCACCCAGGUGCCCCUUUAAAGAAAGAACCGCUUUGUUGAGAUACAAUUCACACACGUUACAGUUCCCUGGUUUAAAGUGCACAUUUCAAUAGUUCCUAGUAUAUUCAGAGGUGUGCACUGAUCACCACAACCAAUGUUAGAACAUUUGCAUCCGUCCCAAAAGAAACCCCUAUACAUUAGCAGUCACCCCCCACCCCCCCCCCCCCCCCCCCCCCCCGCAACACAUGGCAACCACUAAUACAUUUUCUGUUUCUAUGAAUUUGUGUAUCCUGGAUAUUUCAAAAAUCAUAGCCUUUCAUGUCUGACCUCUGAGUAUAACAUUUUCGUGCUUUGUGCUACAGCACGAAUCACUGUUUCAUUCCUUUUAUUACUGAAUGAUAUUCCAUUAUGUGAAUACAUGCCACGUUUUGUUUAUCCAUUCAGUAGUUGGUGGAUAUUUGGGUUGUUUCCACUUUGGCUGUUGUGAAUGGUGCUGCUGUGAACAUUCACGCACAAGAUUCUGUGCGGACAUGUGUAUUUUCUCUGGGGUAGCUACGUAACGAGUGUAAUUGCUGGUCAUGGUAACUGUUUGAGGGUGUGCAAUGACUUUUUAACUGCCUUGAUUUUCUAGUGCUUUCACAAGGGGUUAAAAGAAAAGCUUAAUGGGUUAAGGGUGUACCCAUUAUAAAAAAAUGAGGGAAUGGAAGUGCAAGGAUGUCUGCGUGUUGCAUGUAGUACAGCCUGCCUAGUUUGAUCCCAACUUAGUUUUUAAAAAUUGUACAUUCUUCGAGAACAGUUUAAAAUGCUGGUAAGGCACAGAAAACCAUUUGGAAGAUGAACCCCAAACUUGUGUUGAAAAGGGUAACUGUUAAAACUCUUAAAAUUUCUUUUUCAGCCUAAAUAGGCUACAACUUCUCAAACUGCAUGCGCACAUCUAGCUUAAAUCAUGGGAUAUAUUCUCUUCUAAAGAAAUAGAUGAAGUCCAUUGUCACAGUUAGGGCAAACAGCCAUCUGUCCAAUUCUUGACUGAACCCUGAAAGGGAAUAGCGGUGAUUGGUUUAUGUCAUUUGAAAAUGAGAUUGUGAGAUUUGUUUUUUCUUUAAGCAAAAGUAGUUCAUGGUCAUUUGAAAUAAUUUGAAAAAUAACAAUGUUAACGUUAGAUGUCAAAAACUGUCCUUUACCCUCAUUUUUGUUUCAAUUUUUCAUGUUAGUAACAAAAUUGAUUAUACUCUUAAGUUUUCAAAAAAUAUUACGUUGUGAACAUUUCCAGAAUGCUCUAUUUAAAUAGUUGCCUAAAUUUUAUCAUAUGAAUGUACCAUAAUUCUAUUUUUGGACCUUGUUUUCAGGUUUCCUCCUUUUUCAUGUCUAGAGAGGGGAUCACUGGAUCAGAGGGUGUGUAUUCUUUCAAACUUGAUACAAAUCAGUUUUCCAGAAAAGUUCCAUGAAUGUCCCAUUUCUCCAAUCACAGCUUGACACAGGGUCUUGUUUAUUUAUUUUAUUUUUUAAGUUUAUUUUUGAAAGAGAGAAAGAGCAGGGAAGGGGCAGAGAGAGAGGGAGACAAUCCCAAGCAGGCUCCACACUGUCAGCACGGAGCUGGAUGUGGGGCUCGAACUCACAGAAUUAUGAGAUCAUAACCUGGGCUGAAAUCAAGAGUUGGACGCUUAACCAACUGUGCCACCCAGGUGCCCCAACAGAGUCUUGUUUAUAAGGCUGAGUUUUGGUUUUUUGUUUUUUAACGUUCCCCCCCCCCCCGAAAAAAAAGCAAUUGGGCAAAAACAGGGUGUCCUCUUUGGUGUGUUCUGAAGGCAUCUGAGAAGCAGAUGUGUCUUGACAUCUUGCUCUUUGACCUUUCUACUCUCUCCUGUUAGACUUGGACUUUGUUGCCUGAAAUCAGGCCUCAGAAUUCCUAAUCCUGUGAUAGGAGCCUAGUGUUAUCUGAAUACUCUGGGGAAGGGUGACUGGAAAGGGCUUAAGCAGCCUGUUGGCAUCCAGUCCUGUCUCAUUUUUGCUGGCCCACUCCAAAGACUGAUAACCACAGGCGUGUCACAGACCCCAGUUUGAAUCCUGGCCCUGCUGCCAGGAUUUCAACCUGUCUCAGCCUCCUGCAAAUUUCACCUGCCCAUUUUUCGGUUUAGAGUAAAAUGAGGCUGUGCCCUCUCGCAGGUAGCUACUACGCACUUGCUGUCAUUGCCCAGGGGGAAGAACAGAAGUGGGAAGAGACAGCCAGGUCUGAGAGUAGAAUGCCAGAGGGCCGCGAAGGUGUAGCAGCCGGCACUUCCGGAUAUUGUGCCGCCAGGUGCCUUCUAGACGUGCCCCCUCUCCCCCCAGCCUUGUUGUGUCUCCCGAAUUGAACUAUGAGUGGGGAUCAUUUGGAGAAGGUGAUUUCAAGUGAGGGUUAGAUUUUUUGUUUUGGUUGGUUUUCUUUGUUGUUGUUGUUGUUGUUUUUUUUUUUUAAGUGAGGAUUUGUUUUUAUCUGAUACUGAGAUUAAAAGUGGUGGUAAUGGGAUUAGGGGAAGUUCAACUCUGAGGGCGUUCACUCUGUGGUGUUGGCUGCAGCGUUUGGGGAAAUGAUCCAGCAGGGAAAGGUAAUGUGUAUUCUUAGGCCUAAAAUGUAACUUUUCUAUUUCAUUAAAAAUGGGUUAUGUGAGUAAAGGCAAUGACCAGGGUGCCAGAAGUCGCUGGUGGACUAAAGUUUUUCUAGAGCAUAAGCACAACAUCUAUCCCUACCUUCUUUGCCCCCUUUGGCCCUAAUUUGAAUUAUGUUGACAUCUGAGCUUGAAAAAAGGAUUCUGGUCUCCAGGAAGGUUUGUGUCACAAGUCGGGAUCUCCCUGGAAGAGAGGCAGGCAGCUGGAUGGACCAGGCAAGUGGAGUUCUGACUGGAAAGUUACGGUUCUGCUACUUUGGGCCUUGUUGACCACAAGAACUAGUUGAUGUCAGUCACCCUUCCUGGGGACCAUCAGGAUCCAUUAUCACAUGGGGUGUUUUUUGUUUGUGUUAAACCCACCUGGAGAAUAUCUUUCAGAAAUCAGCCAAAUCUCAGCAUUUGACUGCAAAUUAAGGGUACUUGGAUGAAUAUGUCAUUUCUCUCUCUUUUUAAAUUUUAUUUCUUUUGAGAAAGAGAACACAAGCAGGGGAGGGGCGGAGAGAGAGAGAGAGAGAAUCCCAAGCAGGCUCCUCACUGUGAGUGCAGAGCCCCCGAUGUGGGGCUCAGUGUCAGGAACUGUGAGAUCAUGACCUGAGCCGAAACCCAAGUAGAUGCUUAAUUGACUGAGCCCCCCGGGCGCCCUCCCCCCCAUUUUUUCCUUUUGAACUGUGACAUAAUUACAAAGACUUUUUAUAGUUCAUUCUAGGUAUAGGCUGUUCUGUGAUCUUUUUCUUGGAGAGGUAUUGGCCUGUUUUGCCUAAUACAGGAAGUUGCAGGUCUUUGGGCUAUGGAGAGCAGACUUGGUUGGAGCUGUGUCACUGGAGAGGAAUAACUGUGGAGUGGAGUCCACUGUCAGAGUUCAGUCCCAGCCCUGACCCCCCCUUCUGGUCUUGACCUCAGGCAAGUUACCUAAUGGUUCUAGACCUCAGUUUCCUUAUUGGUAAAGUGGGGUCUGUAUACCUGAGCAUUGGCAGGUAGACAGAAGUGGGGGGGGGUGGUUAACAUCUGUAUUGUAUUUAGAUUGAGUGGGGUCUGAAGGGAGUGCUUGCUUUGCUCUGCCUGAAAGGCUUUGAGAAAAGCUGUCCAGGCUCUACUUUGCAUGUGGUCACCUUCCUUGUCUUGGUGUCCACUUAAGGCUGAAACUCCUUGUUUGUUCCUUGUUGCUGUCAGGUCAAGAGGCACUGGCACACUGUGGAAGCAGUACCAGGGGAGAGGUGUUGGGCUUGGUAUUAUGCAAUUUCCAGAAACAGGAAUUAGUAAUUCCCACGUCCUCAUGUGUGACUAAUGUCCCCACUUGUCCUACCCCAGGCAAUAACACAUAACACACCUGUGGGCAAAUUGGCCUUUGAGACUGUUUUGUGUUCAAAGGGUGGGGGUGAGAUAAAUUUGGGGAUUUUACAUCUGAAACAUUUUCAUUGUUUUUUGAGGAAACAUAUUUGGUGGGAGCAGAUUGUUACUGUGAGGGGUGAAACCGGAGAACUGAAGAACUGCAAGGAGGGUGGAACCUGCCAGUGGUGGGGGGGUGGGGGGGACGCAGGUGCGCGCACGUGCAUGCACAAGAACUGGGUGCAGGGGCACACUGUACUCACAUUGGACUAGUCAUGUAUCCUCUCAAGACUCAAUUUUUCAUAUGUAAAAUGGGAUAACAGGUUUGGGCUCCAGAGAACUUUGACCAGAAUCUAGAUUUUAAGAGAAAGUCACUCGUUUUAUAUCUGUCUUUUUCAAACUGUGGGUAAUGAUGUGAACUGAAAAGGUUGCAAUCAUUGUUUAAGGGGGGAAAAAAAGAAAUGUUGGAAAGUGUCUCACACAUUCAAGAGGAUUUUAUAAAACCUUUUCUUUGAUUUUAUGUAUUGUGAUGUACAUGAUAAAAUGUAUGUUACUGUGGGUCAUGUCAGAACAGUGUGAAAUAAUAUUUUAGAUAAUAUCCAAUUGUAACUGUCGGUACCUUGAUGGUAUUUUUUUUUUUAACCUUUUUGCAGUUUGUUUCUUCAUCACUUGUCCAAGGGUGACCACUGUAUAUGCUUUCCAGUAGCAGGUGAAUUGCAUUGAUCUUUAGUUUCUUUUCUUCCUUGUACCACUGUUUGCUAAACGCUCUGUAGGGGGUGGAGCGGCUCUGAGAGUUGAGGAAGCAUCUAGUGCUGAAGGUUGUCAGCAGACUGCAAUAGGCAAAACAAGAAGUAUAUAGUGUUUUGUGUGUGUUGUUAAAAUUCAGCUGAGUAAAUUUUAAAGAUCUUAGUUGGCUUUAUUCAAUGAUUCAUUAAUCGGGCGACACCUCAUCCAGUAAAUAGAAAGGCGCUCCAAAGAGCUGUAUAAAAUGGAAGGUUUUUAUAAGUAGAAGGGGGUGGGAUGAAGUUAGAAAUGCAAAGAAACAGGCUGUUUUAGGCAGGGUCACCUUCCUUUAGGGGCUGGGGUCUGUUGGGCAGAUGACCUCACUAGUGCUGGGCAGGUCAUUCCAGAUUGACUGGUUAAAAAUUCCACCUCUCGGAGAAGUUGAAACCAUGAUUAGGUAUUAAGUCUCAGUUUGGUGACUGUGGGGCUUAGCACAAGUGACUCCAUUUAGGGCCUUUUGUCUCUUUAAGUGUAAGGCAAGCUACCUGUCCUUUAUUCUCUGAUACGUCCUCCCGAUUUUUAAAUUAAGAGGCUUCUCUCUCUGUCUGUUUUUUAAGGAAAUAGUUGUAUUGGUUAGGUCUUUCUGGUAUAAGUAACAAACAUAAAACUACUUAAAAGGAAAGUCUGUUGGGUGAUGUGAACAUAAGUCUGGAGUGGGUAGGGCUCAGGCACAGUCGAAUCUAGGGGCUCAAACAGGGAUAUCAGAGCUUGUUACCUAUUUCUAGUAUAGUGACCUCAAGGUCAAGAUUGAAUCUUCUCUUGUAAUGCUGUCUGAUGGCAGAAGACUCUGCCUUGGAUCAUUUCCCGUCAUUGACCAUGUGCAGAAUGGGAAUGCCAGACAACCUUGCCUCACACGUAGCACCUGUAGCCCAUCUCUGCCCUCCAUUUGCUCACCCCAAACGGUAGCUCCAGCAGCAUCUUGCUCAUCAUUAUGAGGUAUGCUAGAUGGAAUACUUUGGUUGAGCAAGACGUCUGUCUUUUACACUAGAAGUAGUGUGCUCCCUAACUGCAAACAAGAAAUUUUGGAUGGCUGAGAGGGAAGUUAAUUUCCAUACGAAGUCAUAAACUAGAAUCCAAGAGUGAGUUAUCAGGAAAAGGGUAAAGUGAAGAUGGUAUUAGGGAUUACGUAUUCUAAAUCCUUUGGUAGAGGGUAAAAUGAAAGCUAGGAUUUAUCUUACCAGGUCCUGGGUGCAGAGGGGCUGCUGUGGGGCUGAGAGAGGAGUCAAGCCAAGUCUCAAAGUCUCUUUCGGGUGGGUGAGAUGAUGUGGGUUCCCAGUGGUGACUGGAGCCAGUUUGGCAGAAAAAUAGCCCUCAGGAAGCACAGGGGUGAGCUGGGCUUAUACUAACCUCGAGGAAGCACAGGGCAAGACUUGGAAAAGAGACCCGGUAGAUAAAUUUCAGUAAGUGCUUCCAUGAAUGAAAUUGUAAUGGAGAACAUUUCAGUAGACUGGGUUCAUCUUUCAUCCAUGCCUGUGAAAGCUACAGUUGUAAUUUUGCCAUUUGCUAAGCUGUUUCUGUACUUAAGUUCGUUCUUGUAAAGUCUGCUGCUUGACAUUCCUCUGGUAUUACAAAAAGCCUGCUCAGAUUUCCAUAAUCAAAAACAAGUGUUAAGCACUGUUAGGGUCAUCGUUUUCCUGCAGUUCUUACUGUUGGAUUUGUGCAGUCCUUUAAGGAGCUCAGAAUAAUUGAGGAUCCAGUGGCCAAGGAUGAGACCAGCCCUGCCUCUCACUAGAACUUCAAUUCUUAGCUUGAGGGAAGGUCAGAGGUCAUCUUGAGACUGUGUCAGAUGCUGUGGGUCCUUUCUCCAGGAAAAAUGCACAUGCAUGAAUAUUGAACCGUUGAGGGAGACAGUUUUCAGAACCCUGAAGUCCAUCCGAGGAGUAUGUACUAAAGUGAAUUUCCUGGAUUUUACUUUGAGAAUCAAAAAUUUAUUAUUACGUUAAUUGAAAGACUCUUGGUAGUUUUGAAGACAUUUGUUUUCGCACUAGCUUGCUUUCGCAGACAUUUAUAAAUUUAUGACUUGGAAACAACGUGGAACGCCCAUUUUGGUUUGUUCUUGAAAAAUCUUCCAGAGGGUUUUAUAGAGCUGUCAACUGGAGUGUCAACAGUGUUGCAAACUUCCUCCAUACCCCUGUGCAUCCCUCUUUUCCAGCUUGUUUUCUUUACUAGGGAUGAGGAAUGUCAGAAUGGGCCUAUCUGUGUCUGCAGAAGAAGGGAGGUUUUUGUUCACUGAAGCUGCCGCUGUUUGUAAAACUGUCUCCAGGAUUUGGUGUUGGCCUGGAGCCUUUGCUGCAGAAGGUAGCCCAGUGGGCCACUAGCCAGCCUGUCAUUUGGUGGUGUUGGGUGUGGGUAUACUUGGAAUUAUGGCUGUGGGUCCCUAUUGUGGUUUAGUGCCUCCUUUCUGCUGUGGGACAUGUGUUCAUGCGUACACCAGAACUACAUGCUGAGGGAUGGCAAGGGAUCAUUCUUCACCAUAAUAUGUUCAUGCUUAGGAAUAUGAACAUGCUACUCCAGGUGGUGUGCGUGAUGCCACUCUGCUGUCUCCCCAAAUUCCUGCGUGGUGGAAGGAAUAGGAAAUACAGUACCUCAUAAACUUGAAUAAUUCAUACUUUUGUAAUUGGGGCAGGGUUGUCAGAGGUUGCAAAAGAACUAUUACUUCUAAGAAUAGUGCAUAUUAACACCUCCUUUGCUCCUUAAUCUCUAAAGUUUGAAGAUUAAUCUUGUUAUGUGUUGAUGGAUAUUUAAGCAUUUACUGUUGGUGUUGGCUUUAAUUAAUCCCAUUGCUCUUCUCACUUGUAUUACAGUCUUAUUGUACAGGCAUGAUUUUUGUUACUUGAGCAGUUUCCCCUUUCUAUUCUGUAAUUAAGAGAAACAAGAUAGGGUACACGGAAGUUUUGUAAAAGAUGGUGCCAUCCACGUGUAGGUUGUUUUAAUUUACAAGCUUCACUGAAAAUUAUUUGGCUCUCAAGUGCUUUCAGUUAUUAAAAAAAACCUGCUAAGUAAUAAAGUCGUGUAUGUGUGUUCAUUUGUUUUCCUUUUGACACUAGGAAACAAUUGAGCUGACAGAUUAGCUGUCUGGAAAUAACACCACCUUUGUGUUCAUCUAUUUCAGAAUCAUAACACACAUCUUUGUAAUCCCAGGAAUGCAGUUUUGAGUUACUAGUGUUGGAGCCCUCUUGAGUUGCAGCACAUAUAGCCUGUAGUUUAGUUUGCCCGUCCUCAGGGUCCUCUCCCAGGACAUCUCUGGGCCUCUUUGCUGUGGGAACCCUGUGUGAACAUCCUUCCCUUGUACGUGUGAAAGCUGAAUGCCCACCCUGGCCUAUGGCUCUUUCCGCUUGCCUUCCCGACCCCCACAUUCCCUUUGUUCACCUUGAGGCAGUGCUUUUCUUCUAUCCAUGACUCUUUGUGAAAAGGUUCCCUGUGACGGAUAGAAGUAUCUUUUCUGAAUGUAUGUGGGUUUUUUGUUUUUUUCUUUUACCGGCUUGCCUGUUCUGAAAUGGUGAAGUCAAACACGAGUCCCCUGGCUGUCUUUGUCAGCCUCAGUAUAUGGAGCUGCAAUGUGGGUCUGUUUCCCACUAUUUCCCCAGACUGGGAGCUUGAGCAUACACGUUUAUGAGCACUCUGUUUUGGUGGGUAUUUGAGUGGAUACUAUGGCCUAGGAGCUAGAUUUCUAAGAAAAGCUCUAUGUUUUCCUUAAGUCUUAAGAAAACAACUUUACUAAUGGGGUACUGGUAUCAUCUUGGUUUUGUAAAAGGUAGCUGGUGCCCAGAGAGCUCAGUCACUUGAGCAGGAGUGCAAGGGCAUGGAGCUGGUAAGUGGUACGCCUGGCUCUAGAGCCCAUGUGUGCACACGUGCGUGCGCGCGCGCUCUCUCUCUCUCUCUCUCUCUCUCUUUUUGUUUUUAAGAUUUAACUAAUCUCUACACCCAUCGUGAGGGUCGAAUUUACAGCCCUGAGAUCAAGAAUUGCAUGCUCCACCAUCUGAGCCAGCCAGGCACUCCCACAUGCUCCUGACUUCGUUCUACAAGCUGUGGAAGGAGGGAAUCGGCCACGUUCAGAUGGAUGGAGUGGUAACUGACGUGCACAAGAUAGAUCAUGGGAGUGCUCGUGAGAGGUACAGGCCAGCCACUCUGAGAAGAGAGUCCUUCCAGCUGUGAGCAUAGGAAAGGAGCUGGCAUUUAGGCUGGUCCAUCUGUGAGACAGCUGAGGCCUGGACAGAGAUUUGGACUGUUCUGCAAGCAAGCACCUGCCCCUCGGAAGCACUCACGGAGGAGGGUCAUUACUCUGGCUGCAGACCUCUUUUUCAUCUGGGUAUCUGGUCAUUAAAUGCAGUGCCACCCUCCAGAGGAGUCUCAUGAAGACAUUCACAUGAGUGGAAUUAAACUUCACCUGCCUUGAUUUGGUUUCACCUCCAGUUUUUCCUUGUUACUCUAGUGAAAGUCUGUGAAUUCAGACAAAGGAGUUGGGGGAGUCAGUAAGCUGGAGUAAACUUCAUCUUUAGCCCAUGUGCCCUGGGCUUGCUAUAUCAGGGUGUGAACUGGAUGAUCUCCUAGGAUUAUGAGUGCCCAGUGAAGAAUGUGAUGGGAUCAGUAGCAUGUCUGCGGAGAGCGGCCCUGGGACGAGAUUGAGAAAUCUGCCAGUGAUGGGGGAUGGACUAGAAACCACCCAAAUGUCUACAACGCAGGCCCAGGCCCAACCCCAGCAAGCCAACACAGCCAGCACCAACCCCCCGCCCCCGGAGACCUCCAACCCCAACAAGCCCAAGAGGCAGACGAAUCAAUUGCAAUAUCUGCUCAAAGUGGUGCUCAAGACACUAUGGAAACACCAGUUUGCGUGGCCUUUCCAGCAGCCUGUGGACGCCGUCAAGCUAAACCUCCCUGAUUACUAUAAGAUCAUUAAAACGCCUAUGGAUAUGGGAACAAUAAAGAAGCGCUUGGAAAACAACUAUUACUGGAAUGCUCAGGAAUGUAUCCAGGACUUCAACACUAUGUUUACAAAUUGUUACAUCUACAACAAGCCUGGAGAUGACAUAGUCUUAAUGGCAGAAGCUCUGGAGAAGCUCUUCUUGCAGAAAAUCAAUGAACUGCCCACUGAAGAAACUGAGAUCAUGAUAGUCCAGGCAAAAGGAAGAGGACGUGGGAGGAAAGAAGCAGGGACGGCAAAACCUGGCGUCUCUACGGUACCAAACACAACUCAAGCAUCGACUCCUCCGCAGACCCAGACCCCUCAGCAGAACCCUCCGCCUGUGCAGGCUACACCUCACCCCUUCCCUGCGGUCACCCCAGACCUCAUCGUUCAGACCCCCGUCAUGACAGUGGUGCCUCCCCAGCCACUGCAGACACCCCCGCCGGUGCCCCCUCAGCCACCACCCCCACCUGCGCCAAACCCCCAGCCUGUGCAGAGCCACCCACCCAUCAUCGCGGCCACCCCACAGCCUGUGAAGACAAAGAAGGGAGUUAAGAGGAAAGCGGACACCACCACCCCCACCACCAUUGACCCCAUUCAUGAACCACCAUCACUACCGCCGGAGCCUAAGACUGCCAAGCUGGGCCCACGGCGGGAGAGCAGCCGGCCUGUGAAGCCCCCCAAGAAGGACGUGCCCGACUCUCAGCAGCACCCAGUGUCGGAUAAGAGCAGCAAGGUCUCAGAGCAGCUCAAGUGCUGCAGUGGCAUCCUCAAGGAGAUGUUUGCCAAGAAGCACGCAGCCUACGCCUGGCCGUUCUACAAGCCUGUGGACGUAGAGGCAUUGGGCCUGCACGACUACUGUGACAUCAUCAAGCACCCCAUGGACAUGAGCACAAUCAAGUCUAAACUGGAGGCCCGCGAGUACCGUGACGCUCAGGAAUUUGGUGCUGAUGUCCGAUUGAUGUUCUCCAACUGCUAUAAAUACAACCCUCCUGACCACGAGGUGGUGGCCAUGGCCCGCAAGCUCCAGGAUGUGUUCGAGAUGCGCUUUGCCAAGAUGCCAGACGAGCCUGAGGAGCCUGUGGUGGCCGUGUCCUCCCCAGCGGUGCCACCCCCGACCAAAGUGGCAGCCCCGCCCUCGUCCAGCGACAGCAGCAGCGAUAGCUCCUCCGACAGUGACAGCUCCACCGAUGACUCUGAAGAGGAACGAGCCCAGCGGCUGGCCGAGCUCCAGGAGCAGCUCAAAGCCGUGCACGAGCAGCUUGCAGCCCUCUCCCAGCCCCAGCAGAACAAACCAAAGAAAAAGGAGAAAGACAAAAAAGAAAAGAAAAAAGAAAAGCACAAAAAGAAAGAAGAAGUGGAGGAGAGUAAGAAGAGCAAAGCCAAGGAACUUCCUCCUAAAAAGACCAAGAAAAAUAACAGCAGCAACAGCAACGCGAGCAAGAAGGAGCCUGCGCCCAUGAAGAACAAGCCCCCUCCUGCGUACGAGUCGGAGGAAGAGGACAAGUGCAAGCCCAUGUCGUAUGAGGAGAAGCGGCAGCUCAGCCUAGACAUCAACAAGCUCCCUGGUGAGAAACUGGGCCGCGUGGUGCACAUCAUCCAGUCGCGGGAGCCCUCCCUCAAGAACUCCAACCCCGAUGAGAUUGAGAUCGACUUUGAGACUCUGAAGCCGUCCACCCUUCGAGAACUGGAGCGCUACGUAACCUCCUGUUUGCGGAAGAAAAGGAAACCUCAAGCCGAGAAAGUUGAUGUGAUUGCUGGCUCCUCUAAGAUGAAGGGCUUCUCGUCCUCGGAGUCGGAGAGCACCAGCGAGUCCAGCUCUUCUGACAGUGAAGACUCCGAAACAGAGAUGGCUCCGAAGUCAAAAAAGAAGGGGCACCCCGGGAGGGAGCAGAAGAAGCACCAUCACCACCACCAUCAGCAGAUGCAGCAGACCCCGGCCCCCGUGCCCCAGCAGCCCCCGCCGCCUCCCCAGCAGCCCCCGCCGCCUCCACCUCCGCAGCAGCAGCAGCCCCCGCCCCCGCCGCCCCCGCCUUCCAUGCCGCCACAGGCAGCCACCACGAUGAAGUCCUCGCCUCCGCCCUUCAUCGCCGCCCAGGUGCCCGUCCUGGAGCCCCAGCUCCCAGGCAGCGUCUUCGACCCCAUCGGCCACUUCACCCAGCCCAUCCUGCACCUGCCGCAGCCCGAGCUGCCCCCUCACCUGCCCCAGCCGCCCGAGCACAGCACUCCACCUCAUCUCAACCAGCACUCGGUGGUCUCUCCUCCAGCUUUGCACAACGCGCUGCCCCAGCAGCCGUCGCGGCCCAGCAACCGAGCCGCCGCCCUGCCCCCCAAGCCCGCCCGGCCCCCGGCCGUGUCACCUGCCCUGGCUCAGCCACCCCUUCUCCCACAGCCCCCCAUGGCUCAGCCCCCCCAAGUGCUAUUGCAGGAGGACGAAGAGCCACCCGCCCCACCCCUCACCUCCAUGCAGAUGCAGCUCUACCUGCAGCAGCUGCAGAAGGUGCAGCCCCCCACACCGCUACUCCCUUCCGUGAAGGUGCAGUCCCAGCCCCCGCCCCCCCUGCCGCCCCCACCCCACCCCGCCGUGCAGCAGCAGCUGCAGCAGCAGCCACCACCACCGCCUCCCCAGCCGCAGCCACCGCCCCAGCAGCAGCACCAGCCCCCCCCGCGGCCCGUGCACAUGCAGCCCAUGCAGUUCCCCACCCACAUCCAGCAGCCCCCACCACCCCCGGGCCAGCAGCCCGCACACCCACCCCCGGGCCAGCAGCCGCCACCGCCACAGCCCGCCAAGCCUCAACAGGUCAUCCAGCACCACCCUUCACCCCGGCACCACAAGUCAGACCCCUAUUCAACUGGUCACCUUCGCGAAGCCCCCUCCCCGCUUAUGAUACAUUCCCCCCAGAUGCCACCGUUCCAGAGCCUGACCCACCAGUCGCCACCCCAGCAAAAUGUCCAGCCUAAGAAGCAGGAGCUGCGCGCGGCCUCUGUGGUCCAGCCCCAGCCCCUGGUGGUGGUUAAGGAGGAGAAGAUCCACUCACCCAUCAUCCGCAGCGAGCCUUUCAGCCCCUCGCUGCGGCCAGAGCCCCCUAAGCACCCGGAGAACAUCAAGGCGCCCGUUCACCUGCCCCAACGGCCUGAGAUGAAGCCUGUGGACGUCGGGAGACCUGUGAUCCGGCCCCCUGAGCAGAAUGCACCCCCACCAGGGGCCCCCGACAAGGACAAACAGAAACAGGAGCCGAAGACACCAGUUGCACCCAAAAAGGACUUAAAAAUCAAGAACAUGGGCUCCUGGGCUAGCCUGGUGCAGAAGCAUCCCACCACCCCGUCCUCCACAGCCAAGUCCUCGAGUGACAGCUUCGAGCAGUUCCGCCGCGCUGCCAGGGAGAAGGAGGAGCGUGAGAAGGCCCUGAAGGCGCAGGCCGAGCACGCGGAGAAGGAGAAGGAGCGGCUUCGGCAGGAGCGCAUGAGGAGCCGGGAGGAUGAGGAUGCGCUGGAGCAGGCCCGGCGAGCCCACGAGGAGGCUCGCCGGCGCCAGGAGCAGCAGCAGCAGCAACGGCAGGAGCAGCAGCAGCAGCAGCAGCAGCAGCAGGCGGCCGCCGUGGCCGCGGCCGCCGCCCCCCAGGCCCAGAGCUCCCAGCCCCAGUCCAUGCUGGAUCAGCAGAGGGAGUUGGCCCGAAAGCGGGAGCAGGAGCGAAGGCGCCGGGAAGCGAUGGCAGCUACCAUUGACAUGAAUUUCCAGAGUGAUCUAUUGUCAAUAUUUGAAGAAAAUCUUUUCUGAGAGCACCUAGGUGACUUCUGACUCUGAUUUUCUGGCAAAACGUUGACUCUCCAUAGUGUUAGGGGCGGCAGUGGAGGCGGUAGCAGCGGCGAGGGGGUGUCUCCGGGCCUGGCCCUCCUGCAUGCUGUGCCCGGGGCAGGCCUGACGGGCAGCUGAGGAUCGCAGAGCCUGUCUGCCUUACAGCCAGCUGGACAGCCCGCCACCCACCACCCCCUCACGGGACGUCAGCUCAGAGCACGCCUCGCCACGAGCAAGUGCCGGCCAGACCCAAGCCGCGCGUCCCCGCGUGCAGGGCACAGGCCCUGCUCUCCGCCAAAUGUCUACACAGUAUACACAGGACAUUGUUGCUGCCGCCACCACCGUGACUGGUUUCUGUCCCCGAGAAAGUGACGUUCGUGACGUCCUGCCCACCAGGAGUCCUUCCCCCCACACCCCAGCCACCACCGCCCGCUCCCAGGAGGCCAGGGCAGGCCCGAGCGAGCUGGAGGCGGGCGAGGGCGCCGGCCCACCCCUUGCUGGCACUGACUUUGCCUUGAACAGACCCCACCCCGCCCCUCCCCCCACAAGCCUUUAAUCGAGAGCCGCUCUCUGUAAGUGUUCGCUUGUGCAAAAGGGAAUAGUGCCGUGGAGGUGUGUGUGUGUCCAUGGCAAUUCGGAGCGAGGUGACUGUCACACGCGCGUGUGUGGGCCGGCCUCGCCCAGUGAGUGAGGCCACCAACCAAAGUCAGUUCCUUCCCAACUGUGUUUCUGGGUUUUUUUUUUUUUUGUUUUGUUUUGUUUUUUCCUAUAUAUAUUUUUUUUGUUGGAUUCUAUUUUAUUUUUAACUCUCUCUUCUCCUCCAGACACAAUGGCACUGCUUAUCUCCGAAAUGGUGUGAUCGUCUCCUCAUUGAGCGGCGGCUGCCACCGCGCUGUGGGUAGUGUGUGACCGUGGCUGUACUGUGUAGUGAACAUAGUUGGCAUAUCUUUGUUUGAAGUUUGUUGGUGACUCCACCAAACUGGUGUAAAAAAAAAACUCAAAAAAACCCACAAAAAACAAAACAAAACACAAAACACACACAAAAAAAACUGCCUAUAUUUUACUCAGUUUCAAACUUUAUUAGUCUAUUUUUAAUUAUAAAGCCAUGUUUUCUUUUCCCUCCCCACUCCUUUGUUUUUUAAUGUCAAAUCUGUUUUGAGUUGUUUUUUACCAGGAAAGGAAGGGCCAGGGGAUGAGGCGGGCACCGGGGGCUGGGGGCCACAGACCACUGAGGCAGAGGCUCCCCACCCAGCCUGACCAGCCGGCUGCCACUUCCCCUACUUUUUUUUUUUUUUUUUUUUUUUUUUUAAUUUUAUAAUUGGAGCCCUUGGUGAGGUUACGUGUGCCAUGAGAACCCACUCUACACCACGUCGCUGGUGCCUCAGUGUUGGCCAAACUCUGGAGUCACUGACUGGUUUGACUUUCAUACGGUGAAUAUGCAUUUGGUCUGUACUGAUCAUGGAAUAAACACAUCUCUCUUUUUUAAUGCUGGUGUCUUCCUGACAUUUCUUUGUGAACCACCUGUUGCCUAGGUUAGGCCCAGGGCCGCUCCCCCGCCCCCCCCCCCCCCCAAAUCCCAAACCACCUUUGUACAAGAACUACCACCAGGGCCACCUAGGCCGUCUCCUGUGACCACGUUGAAGCUGUGACACGGAGCCCAGGCACCCAUUCUUUCUAUGGACCCUGGUCUCCUAGCGGGGUGACAUGCUCCAGCAGAACCUGGCCAGACUCCAGACAGUAUUUUCCCCCCUUCGCCCUCCUCCAUCCUGGUCCCCCACUCACCAGAGGACUUGGGCCACUUCUGCCACCUUGCCUGCCUCUACCUUAACUGCUCCUUUCAUUUAAGCUCAGGGUUAACCAGAUGUUCUUAGAUAAGUGUCCAUCCCCCACAAUGGGAUCCUCCCCCGCCCCAUGCAUGUAGACACGCACGCACACAUGCCUGCCCGAGAGAUCCUGCCGUAUGGCUACCCUGCCCCCCUUGCCUGUGUGCCACAAGGCGAGGGGGGCACUCAAGAGUGGCCCCUAGGAUGUAGGAUGAAAGUGUAUCAUUUAUGUGUGCAGAGACGUAAACUGAAACAUUUCUAGCACUGUUUCUUAACCCCUAUCUCCCUUUUCUGUUUCAACCGGAAAAGCCCUUGUAUCAUCUUGUGUUUGGGAUCUGCCGAAACCUCUUGGCAAGAGUGUAGUUCAGGCGGCCGGCCAGAGGCCCCCACUUGCCUCCCUACCCUUGCCCCACCCCCCAGCAGGCACUUCCUCGAUGUGCCACUGUGCUGCCGGUUCAAGUGGGACUUCAUUGGUUCUUUGGGGUUUCUUCCAUCUCAUCCCACCCCCUCACUUCUGUUCCGUGUUUUGUUCAGUAACUUCCCCAGGCCAGGUCCGACUGUUUAGCUGGAGAAAUGGUUUUGUCUGCACCUUCCUUCUAAAGAUUUAAUUCUGCCAUGGCCCUCUCCACACCUCCUUGAUGGGUGUUCCUCUAACUGGGUUGUAAUUAGAACUUGGAUCUACUAUUUAAUUUCUCUGGCCAUUUCCCAUUCCCUCCCACAGUACUAGAAAUCUUAGUCCUAUACAAGAGUAAGAGGUGUGUACAAGCCCCCCACUGUACUGUAUGCACGGAUCGCUUGGCCAAUAAUUAUGUCAGUGAAUCUGAGACUUGUAUUAAACACUUUAGACAUUUGUAGAAGGGAAUUCGUAGACUUUUCACUUAUAUACUAAAGGUUUUUUUUUUUUUUUUUGUGCAGUUCUCAUUGCAAAAAUAAACAUUUGUACUGAAUAUAAAAUUAACCA